AUGCCACCGACCCGCAGACAAAGGCCCAAAGCAGUAGGUGGUCCCCUUAGCCUCAUUCCUGCUUAUAUUGAUAGCUUUUCCAGUGUGAUAGCUGCUGGCAUCGAAAGAUCCGCUGCGAUGAUAGACGAGGGCGAUAGGCCCCCGGUAGACUCGCCCGAGUAUGCGCAGAAUCUCAGCCAUCUGGUCACCCCAGUGACAGAGCCGUUGUCGAAUCACUCGAUGCCAUUCGCUAUAAAUAGCGUUGCUCGCGAUGACUGUUCUACAUCGCAAGCCUCACCGGCCAUCGUGAACCAGCCCCUCGCGCCGCAGCAAUCCCCGAGAAGUCCUCAGGAUCCUGCCACCACUCCGUUGGUGACGUCCCCACUCGUUUUUGGCCUCUCCAAUCACAACCUGCAAGGAGUGGUGACCAUUGAGUCCGCCCCGGCACCGCAGCGCUCCAAGUAUACGGGCAAGAUCUCGACCCAGGUCUUGGCCAAAUCUGCUGAGGAGCUCUUCCAGGAUGAGGACAUUCGCAUUCGAGUCAUGAGGUUUUUCUGUCCCCUGAUGAGCUUUGCCGAAGACAUACCUAUGCCCGCUGCUGCAUACUGCCCCAUCGUCGAGAAGUCUAUCGCUGAUCCCUAUGUCUACGCGUACUUCACAUCUGUCAAUUGUCUUUUUCCAAUACUGUCACGAAGUCAGUUCCUGGCAGAAUAUGAAGCUUUUUACCUCACUAAACAGUCAACCGACGCAGCAUUUGUGUGUUGUUACUACAUGGUGCUGGCUCUAGGUGCGCGAGGAAGCAUGAUGUCAACUGCUCCUACUGACCUUUUCCGUCUUGCCUGGGAGUUAUAUAAUCGUGUUGUGUCUACACCAUAUCUCCAGAGUGUCCAAGUCCUCUUGCUGAUGGCACUGGAAUUGAUAAACUGCAAUAAGGAUGGACAGGCCAUUAUUGCUGUCGGGACAGCGGUGCGAAUUGCCCAGUCAUUGGGCUUACACCGGGGAAUUUCCGCGCAUAAACAGCCCUACGAGAGGGGAUUUGUCGAGAAGGAAUACCAUCUCCGGGCCAGUAUCUGGUGGGUAUGCUAUUGUCUGGACAAAAAGCUCUCAUUUGAGGUAGGCCGGCCAUCUGCGAUCAACGAUAUCGAGUGCGAUGUUGACCCGCCGGGCGAUAUGCCACCGACACCAGUAUCGGACCUUGUCUCACCUGAAGAUGAAGCAUUUUUUGGCCAGUUGAUACGCCUGUGCCAGUUACAGUCCACGAUAAUCACUCAACUCUUCUGCAAAUCAGUGACAGAAGGUGAGGAUACUGCACUGGUCGAAGAAAUAGGGGCCCUGGAUGAAAUGCUGUUGACGUGGAAGGAAAACCUUCCCCAAGCGCUGCGGUUCGACGACCAGCUGGCUGGCGUACACUCGCAAACAAAAUCCAUGGGAUGUGUUCUCCUGCAUUGCAUGUACUACAAUGCGAUGCUGGUUAUCCAUCGUGCAGCAUUAUUCGACAUGGCCCCGCUGCAACCACUCCAACAAAGCCAACCGAGAUUGGUCGCGGCGGAUGUAGUCUGUCUGAACUCGGCUCGUGCCCUUGCCCGAAUCGUCAACGAUCUCGCCAGUUCUCCUUAUAGUUGGCCUGUUAUCAGGUCCACAAUACCCUAUCUUCUGAACGUUUUGUUCACUUUGUAUAUCGGGGUGAUGAGGAAUCCGCGGCAAUGGACUUCGGAUUCGGAUGUUGCCCUUCUCAAUACACUGCGGCACUGCUUCUCAAAAGCGAGCGAUAACCACGUCGCCAUUUAG